AUUCGCAUUAUAGUGACUACGCGCGUGUCGGCCGCACGAUGAUUGCUGUGCCGCUUCUGCUGUUUCUGGUGUUCGUUUUCGCGGUUUACGUAUACUCCUCGCAGGAUGAAAGUAUACCUGGACCUAUGCGUAUACCCCUCCUGGGCUGCGUCCGUCUGUGGAUGACCAAGCCUUCAGAAUUCAUAGAACUUACCCGCUACUUCAAAGACGUAUACGGGGACGCCUACCUCAUGUACAUGUUUGAUAAGCCCCACGUGGUCUUAUCACAUCCAAAAUACAUAGCGCCCCUGCUUUCAAGUUCGGAACACAUCGUGAAGGGCCGCUCGUACAUACCCCUAAAGGAUUGGCUGGGCAGAGGACUUUUAACAGACGCAGGUCACCGAUGGAAAACAUUCAGAAGACUGCUAACGCCAGCGUUCCACUUCAACAUACUGCAGACGAUCUUGCAAGUGUUCUUGAAGAACGAGGAGACGUUUAUAAAGAAGCUGAAGAAAUACGCCGACAGCGGAGAAGCCUUCGAUCUCUUCCCAAUUGUUGCUUUACUGUCGCUGGAUAAUGUUACAGAGUCUAUAAUGGGUGUAGAAAUGGACUCCCAAAACGAUUCUGGUUCAGAAUACGUCAAAGCUGUUACUGAAAUGACAAGGAUCAUAGCGUACCGCAUCCAGAAUCCUCUCGCCGGCAACGACACCCUCUUCUCGUUCAUGAGCGAGAAGAAGGUCUACGACAGGUCCCUGGAGAUCCUCCACGAGACCACCAGGAAGGUGAUCAAGCUUCGAAGACAAGCGCUCAUCGAUCAGAACAUCACCAGCUUGGGGAACGAGUCGGAGUUUGGAAUUAAAAAUAAAAAUGCCUUUUUGGACCUGCUGCUGCUGUCGGAAGUGGAUGGCGCGAAAAUUGACGAUGAAACUAUCCGGGAACAAGUCGACACUUUCAUGUUUGAGGGUCACGACACAACGUCAUCAGCUGUGGUAUACACGUUGUUCUGUCUGUCGAAGCACCCGGAUAUCCAGCAAAAAGUUUUAGACGAACAACAAGAGAUACUGCAAGGUGAUAUUAUGUACAGAGACCCCACGUUUACGGAAGUGAAUCAGAUGAGAUAUCUGGAAAUGGUGAUCAAAGAGAGUCUGAGGAUAUUCCCCAGUGUGCCCAUCAUUGAGAGGAUAAUCAAAAAAGAUGUAGAUUUGAACGGACUGAAAAUCAAAGCGAACACGUCUAUAAUGAUCAACAUCCUGGAGGUGCACCGGCACCCGGAGCUGCACGAGGACCCGCUGGUCUUCCGCCCAGAGCGCUUCGACCUGGCCAAGCAGACGGACAAGAACACGUUCAACUGGAUAGCCUUCAGCGCUGGACCUAGGAACUGUAUUGGCCAAAAAUUCGCCAUGAUGGAAAUCAAAGUGAUGGUAGCGAGCGUGUUGAAGCAUUACAAGCUGCUACCGGUGGAUGAGGAACCCAAAUUGUGCUCCGAGCUGGUGCUGAGGUCACAGAACGGAGUCAAGAUUAGACUGGCACACCGCGAGAAAGUUCAAUAAAAUGCAUUCCUGUCAUAGGGAGCAGUGCCGGUUUUAGCACUACCAGCGCCCUGGGCGAGAAUUUUGUGGCGUCCAGGGUGCUGGUAGAGCCAAAAACUGGGACGCACCGCUGGCGGUCCGUUUUAUCCGGCGCCCUGGGCGGUCGCCCAGCGCGCCCCCCCCCCCCCCUCCCCUCUAACGCCGCUACUGAAGAUACCUAAAAAUCGAAUACAGCGUCUUCCCCUCACAUUUUUGGCAAGCGAUUUAAUUAGUCGUUUUUUUUUUCAGAUGCAAUAUGUCAAAGUCAUAAACGUACCUGUUU